UUGGCGGGCGCACCACGGCAAAACCAGCAUGCAUGUGAGGAAGCUACUCCCACCUCUCGCAUACACCAUACAAGUACAGCACCAUACUAUUCCCACCUCUCGCAUCCAAGAUCAUACAGAGGAAGCCAAGCUCUUGAUCGACCAACCCCCAUAACAUGGCCAGAGAGAAAGUAGUAAACAGCAUGGCGCUGGUGCGCAAAGCGUCACCGGCCUGGUCGACGACGGUGCACGACAUUCCGGACAAGCUCCUCGAGCUCAUCCUCUUGUACCUCACCUCGCCCCACUGGCUCGUCCGCGCAGCGGCCACCUGCAAGCGAUGGCGCCGCCUCGUCGUUGAAGGACACUUCCUGCUUCACAUUUCCACCCCCAAUUCCUCAUCUCUUGUUGCAGGCCAUUACCAUAACCACACAUCCCCCGUUGAUGGCGGCCGCCUCACCUUUGUUCCUUCCUCGCCAGCGCUCGCUGUCAAUAUCCGCCGCUUCUCCCUGGACUUCCUCCCCGGAGGUGGCAGCAGGUCAUGGGACACCCUCCUCCUCCUCGCCAAGAAGAAGACUGGGUGGAGACGCCGAUGCUUCCCUGACCUCCUAGUCUGCGAGCCGAUCACACGGCGUUGCCAACUCAUCCCACGCGUGGAGGAAAUGAAAUACCACCCACGUAUUGGUGUAUUCCUCGAGAAUGCGCAUGGUCGCAGAGGAGCCACCACAUGCGAGGGACGCACCGUCGAUACAAUGUCAAGUUUCAGAGUGGUUUGCGUGCCCUACCAUGAAUUCACAGGGACAGGGUUAUCCGGUAACAUUGGCACAGCCAAGGCCUUCGUGUUCGAAGAGCGCGGUAGGGGGAAGCGUGGCUGGUUCGUGUGGCAGCAGCGAGUGACGCACAAGCCUCAAAUCCACCUCCAUGGCGUGGGAUCUCUGCGUUUCAUCGGCCGUGCAAUAUUUUCCUUUUUCUGGACCAUGGUAGACGACUCUUCCUCCUUGCUAGCUUAUAGUUUUCGGUGGCCAAACGAGUUUGAGGUCGUCCCACUUCCGGACCACGUACGAGGAUCGGAUUUGCGAGUCAUUGAUAUCAACAACAGCAACUUGGUGCAUGUUGUUUGCUUGCAGGGCAACAACCUUCGCAUCUUUGUGGUAAGGAAGUACGGUAGCACCGACUAGGAGCUUCAGAAGAGCCUCCAAUUAAUGGAGGCUACUCGUGGGUUGGCAGGGCACAAGGAUGAGUACUUCCGUGGGUCUACCAGGAUCG